GAAGUGGGGCGACUUUCCCUUUCCGGCUACGGGUCCCGGAGCGGAGUGGGAGGCCGGACCGGGGAAGCCGAGCGACGGCGGUGGCGGUGGGGUUGGCCAUGGCGGAGCUGGUGCAGGGGCAGAGCGCUCCGGUGGGCUUGAAGGCUGAAGACUUCGUGGAUGCCCUGCACCGGGUCCGGCAGAUUGCUGCUAAAAUCGAUUCAAUUCCUCACUUGAAUAAUUCCACACCCCUGGUGGACCCCUCCGUGUACGGAUACGGAGUACAGAAGCGGCCCUUGGACGAUGGAGUAGGUAACCAGUUAGGGGCCUUGGUACAUCAAAGGGCAGUAAUAACAGAAGAAUUCAAGGUGCCUGAUAAAAUGGUUGGAUUUAUUAUUGGCAGGGGAGGUGAGCAGAUUUCACGAAUUCAAGCAGAAUCUGGGUGCAAAAUCCAGAUUGCCUCAGAGAGUUCUGGGAUUCCAGAGAGGCCCUGUGUACUUACCGGAACCCCAGAAAGUAUUGAACAAGCCAAACGGCUCCUGGGGCAGAUUGUGGACCGAUGUCGGAAUGGGCCUGGCUUUCACAACGAUAUAGAUGGCAACAGCACAAUCCAGGAGCUUCUUAUCCCUGCAUCUAAAGUGGGGCUGGUCAUCGGCAAAGGAGGGGAAACGAUCAAGCAGUUGCAGGAGCGGACAGGUGUGAAAAUGGUCAUGAUCCAGGAUGGCCCGCUACCCACAGGAGCAGACAAGCCUCUCCGCAUCACUGGAGAUCCAUUUAAAGUACAGCAAGCAAGAGAAAUGGUCCUAGAAAUCAUCCGAAAAGACCAGGCUGACUUCAGGGCGUGCUUUGAGGACUUCACCUCCCGAGCGGGAGGAGGUAGUAUAGAGGUGUCUGUGCCUAGGUUUGUUGUUGGGAUUGUCAUAGGAAGAAACGGAGAAAUGAUUAAGAAGAUCCAGAAUGACGCUGGUGUGAGGAUCCAGUUCAAACCAGACGACGGGAUUAGUCCAGAAAGAGCAGCGCAGGUCAUGGGCCCUCCAGAUCGGUGUCAGCAUGCAGCACGCAUCAUCAAUGAGCUCAUUCUCACAGCACAGGAAAGAGAGAUCCUUGGAGGCCUCACGGGAACAAGAGGAAGAGGCCGAGGCCGUGGCGAUUGGAGUGUGGGCACUCCUGGUGGCAUCCAGGAAAUUACAUACACAGUGCCAGCUGAUAAAUGCGGCCUCGUGAUAGGCAAAGGGGGCGAGAACAUCAAAAGCAUCAACCAGCAAUCAGGUGCCCAUGUGGAGCUGCAGCGGAACCCCCCUCCUAACACCGACCCUAACCUGCGGAUAUUUACCAUCAGGGGUGCUCCUCAGCAGAUCGAGGUGGCCAGGCAUCUCAUAGAUGAGAAAGUUGGCGGUGCCAGCCUCGGAGCCCCUACAGCCUUCGGACAGAGCCCCUUCAGCCAGCCACCAGCUGCACCACAUCAAAACACCUUUCCCCCCAGGGCCUUCCCCAACAUCGCUGCUAAAGUUAACGGGAACCCCCACAGCACCCCUGUGAGCGGCCCUCCAGCUUUUCUGACCCAAGGCUGGGGCAGCACUUACCAGGCUUGGCAGCAGCCUACACAGCAAGUCCCAAGCCAGCAGAGCCAGCCACAGAACAGCCAGCCCGACUACAGCAAGGCCUGGGAAGACUAUUACAAAAAACAGGGUCACACCACCAGUGCUGCCCCACAGGCCAGCUCCCCCCCAGACUACACGAUGGCCUGGGCCGAGUACUACAGGCAGCAGGCCGCCUUCUAUGGGCAGACUUUAGGGCAGGCUCAGGCCCACAGCCAGGUCUGUAGCCAGUCCCCAGCACCGUGAUGCCACCCAGCCUUGUGCUUUCCUAGUCCCAGGGAGCAGUAGAUGGGCAUCUGCCGCGGCUCUUCCCCGAAAUCAGUGUGAGAGAAACCUGUUUGUUACAGAGAUUUUUAGAUUUGCAAACCUUUCGAUG